AAUCGGAAAAGCAACAGACGAGAAAGGAAAAGAAAAAUUCCGGAGAGGAGAGAGAAUGAGCGCGACGCAGGGACCGCACUCCCUGGCCUUCAGGGUGAUGCGAUUGUGCAAACCCUCCUUCCACGUGGACCCUCCCCUCCGUCUCGAUCCUUUAGAUCUCCUCGCCGGUGAAGACUUCUCCGACGACCCCUCCUCCGCCUCCCUCCUCCGUCGCCUCGUCUCGUCCGCCGCUUCAGCCGUCGACUCCGAUCUCAGCUACAGCAACAGAUUCCUCCUCAGCCAUCCCACUGAUCCCAUCGGCCUCUCUGGCCUUCUCCUUCUUCCUCAGUCCUUCGGUGCGAUCUAUCUGGGAGAAACCUUCUGUAGCUACAUUAGUAUCAAUAACAGCUCCACUUUCGAAGUUCGAGAUGUCGUCAUCAAGGCAGAAAUACAGACAGAAAGACAGAGAAUACUUCUUCUAGAUACAUCGAAAUCACCUGUUGAAUCAAUACGGGCAGGAGGGCGAUAUGAUUUCAUAGUGGAACACGAUGUGAAAGAGCUUGGAGCUCACACGCUGGUCUGCAGUGCAUUGUACAAUGACGGUGAUGGUGAGCGUAAAUAUCUUCCUCAGUUUUUCAAGUUCGUGGUCGCAAACCCACUUUCAGUGAGGACCAAGGUCCGAGUUGUAAAGGAAACUACAUUUUUAGAGGCUUGCAUCGAGAACCAUACAAAAUCAACCCUAUAUAUGGACCAAGUUGAUUUUGAACCAGCCAAGCAAUGGAGUGCUGUAACCUUACAUGCUGAUGAUAAUCAUUCCACAGAGGACUUUCUAACAAGUGAUCCUAGUGGACAGAUCCAUAAGCCACCAGUCCUCAUCCGAUCUGGUGGGGGUAUCCACAACUAUCUGUAUAAGUUGAAACCAUCAUCAGAUGUUUCUGGGGAAACAAAAGUCCAUGGAAGUAACGUUCUGGGUAAACUUCAAAUAACGUGGCGUACAAAUUUGGGUGAACCGGGUCGCUUACAAACGCAACAGAUUCUUGGUGCUCCAGUCACGCACAAAGAGAUUGAUAUGUGUGUUCUUGAUGUUCCAGCUGUUAUUUACUUGAACCGACCCUUCCCGGUACACCUGAAUCUCAGAAACUUGACUGACAGACUUUUGGGACCCUUUGAGGUUUCCCUGUCACACAAUGAAUCGCAAGUGGAGAAGGCUGUUGCGUUUAAUGGUCUUCAGACUAUGACAUUACCCAGGAUCGAGGCAUUUGGCUCCAGUGAUCUGCAAUUGAAUCUUAUUGCCACAAAACUUGGAGUCCAGAAAAUAGCUGGGAUUACAGCCGUUGACACAAGAGAGAAAAGAACUUACGAACUCGUUCCUGACAUAGAGAUAUUUGUAGACUCGGAAUGAUCUUUCUAUGAAACCACAUGCUGUUCUGCAACAGCAGUACCUGAAGUUCGGGUGUGCAACGACCUGUGGCACUUGGGGAUGGUUGCAGCAGGUCCUGAUUGAAGAGGUUAUAUGUAUGGAGGGUAAUAUAUUCAUUUGAUUGAGAUACUGAAGCUGAAAAGAUGUAUGGUUUCUUUACAUUACCCAUAUGGGUUUUCUUUCUUUUGAGAUACUGUAUUAUAUAUAUAUAUUUUUUGACUCUAUUUCA